GCAGCCGCAGCCGCCUCGUACCAGGUCCCGCGGUGGGUGCUUGAACUGCAAUCUCCGCGUUGCCGUCGCCUCAACUGCUUGCUUCGUGGGUCGGUCCCUCCGGCACACGGGCUCCAGCCACACCGCAGCCGCCCUCCGAGCCCUUUAGGCCGUCCUGGUCUUCUCGUCCUGCCCGACUAAGCCCGCGAAGAUGGUGGACCGUGAGCAACUGGUGCAGAAAGCCCGGCUGGCGGAGCAGGCGGAGCGCUACGACGACAUGGCCGCGGCCAUGAAGAACGUGACUGAACUGAAUGAGCCACUGUCCAAUGAAGAAAGAAACCUCCUCUCGGUGGCCUAUAAGAAUGUAGUUGGGGCACGCCGUUCUUCCUGGAGGGUCAUUAGUAGCAUUGAGCAGAAGACAUCUGCAGAUGGCAAUGAGAAGAAGAUUGAGAUGGUCCGUGCGUACCGUGAAAAAAUAGAAAAGGAGUUGGAAGCAGUAUGUCAGGAUGUCCUGAGUCUGCUGGAUAACUACCUGAUCAAGAAUUGCAGUGAGACCCAGUAUGAGAGCAAAGUGUUUUACCUGAAGAUGAAAGGGGACUAUUAUCGCUACCUGGCUGAAGUAGCCACUGGAGAAAAAAGGGCGACUGUCGUGGAGUCAUCUGAGAAGGCCUAUAGCGAAGCCCAUGAGAUCAGCAAGGAGCACAUGCAGCCUACUCACCCCAUUCGAUUAGGCCUCGCUCUUAACUACUCCGUUUUCUACUAUGAGAUCCAGAAUGCCCCAGAGCAAGCGUGCCACUUGGCCAAGACCGCUUUCGAUGACGCCAUUGCUGAGCUCGACACUCUGAACGAGGACUCCUACAAGGACUCCACUCUCAUCAUGCAGCUCCUCCGCGACAACCUAACGCUCUGGACAAGUGAUCAGCAAGAUGACGACGGUGGAGAAGGCAACAAUUAAGGCCCCAAGUGGACUGGCAGCGCACGCCGAUGCUACUACUGCAGUCUUUAUUUUUUUCCCAUGAGUUGGGGGUCGGGUGGGGGAGGGAAAAGGAGGGAUGGCCUUCCUAGGGAGAAACCCACGACCUGUCCUGUCUGAUCGCCUCUUUGACAUUUUUGCCAAAACACCACUAGUGGAAAGUCAGGCUAGCUGUGCUGGUAUUGGAAUAGCAGCCUCACAUUGGCAUAUGGACUGUUCCGAAGAUUAAUGCAAGUGGAGCUGUCUGUCUUUAAUUUAACUUAUUGCUAGCUAGAUAAUAGGGUUUAAAGAUGAAAAAGAAAACAAAUGGAAUGGCCCUCAUGUCAGUAAGUUCUGUGGUUCCAGUAAGAAUUUUUAUGUACAUAGGCUCUUAAGUUUUGGGUACUUUCUGGCUCAUCUGUUUUAGCUGUGCAUUUUUUUUUUUUCAGAGUGUACUCUACCAGACAUGGAAUAGUUUAAAUCCCAAAUUGACAGACUUAGAACAUAAGGUAUAUUAUUAUUAUCCUUAUGAUGUAGGCCUUGUCAGUUUUCUGAAGUUUCUGAUUAGUUGACAGUAUUAACACUAAAUUGCAGUUUACAGUAUUUCUACAUUGCAGCCAUAUGUAACACCAAGCCAUUGAUUGUACAUUUUUCUUUGCUAGCUAUUUUGGCUUUCAUCCUUACUCAGCCUUAUCCAGGUUGGUUUUGCUGUUACCUGUCUCUUAGGCCAAAAGGCUUACCUGAGGAUAAUCAAAGCUUCUUUAAGUUUUGGUUAAUAGGUGCUUGGCAGGUGGCUGUGGGAUUUUUGGCCUUCCUUCCUCUUAAAUCCACCACAAAAAUGAUUAUAAUGACUUUAAUAGAAACGUUAAACACCACAAAAAUAGAGAAAAUUCAGGUCUGUAUGUCAUUUAUUGUGUUGAAAUAUUCAGAGAAAUCCUGAUUUUUAAGCUGCCCCAGCUCCUUCCUCGGGUUCCACUGCCGGCUCACUCCUCACCUGAGUCUCCCUGCUGCAUCCACUGCAAGGCGCUCAGUUGGGUGGAGAAGCUGCUGGGCUGGAGAAGCUGGGCGGUCAAGAUGAGAAAGGCUGUGGUGCAGUGUGUGAAAAUUCAGGUGCUAGCAGCUUACUGGUGGACAAAUCCAGAAGGAAGAGCUCUGUUCAUAAACAUGUGUCCAGUUCCAGAAACCUUGUGUGUCAGUUUUUCCUCCCUGAAAACACUCCUUCCCCAGGUAACUGUUGUAGGAAGAUAACUGAAAUUACUAACACAUAAUAAAUACUUAACCCCUACCUGACCAAACUUUUCCUAUUUUUUUCUUCUUAACAAAAGCAGAGAAGCUGGAGGUUCAUUUCUCUCAUGUAGUCAGUGUGUAUUUUGGAACUGAAGGAAACUCCGUAGCUAUUUCCACAAGUUUGUUUUCAGUUCACCUUAGGUCCUUCAUUCUCAUUUUGGAUAAAUCUGUCUGAAAUCAUGACCUGUUGUGUAUAUAUAUGUUCAGCCUUUAUUGUAAGAUGAGUAACAGUGUGAACUCUUGAGAUAGGUAAUGAUACCAGACUUGUUUUAUUUAGGAAGGAGAGAUAUUGAGGAAAACCUGACAGUUGCUUUUGCUGAUACCAAAACUGAGCUUACGCAAUUAAGAAACGAAUCUGUGUUACAGGAUCCAAGUGACAGUGAAGAUAGAACAAUGAGGAUACUCUAACAUUGCACAGUUUACCCAGCAUGACUUUCCUUAGAAGGGGUCCCUCCCUAUGCUAGAGCAAAAGUCCCAAUUAACCCAACCAAAAGAAUUAACAGUAGAAAGCUUUACAGCUCUUGUGCAUUGCAGGGGCUUAAAGUCAGUGGGAGGAGGAGGGGGGAGGAGGGGAGGGGGGCUUCCCUUAACUUAUCUUCAUAUCCAGUGAGCAGUGUUGUGUCCUUGUAGCAUUUGGAAAUGAUUUACUGGAAUUACAAAACCUAUUUUUCUUUUUAAAUUUCAGCUUUGGCUCUGGCUGCUUUUUAGAAUAAUGCAAGAAAAAAAUCAUACCUGAGGGCUAAAAAAAGAAGAGGGAAUAGGAGACAUGAUAUUUAAGCAGCUUGAAUGUUUUUUUUUCUUUAUUUUUAAAGAAAUGCACUUGCCUAUGAUACUGUCUCUCCAGUGAAAUGAUUACUCCUCCAUUAUCUAUUGAUACAAUAUUGUGCAUGCUAGUGUUGUAUUUCUAUACAGUAGCUUGAAAUUUAUUAACUUAUACUGUAGGUGUUAUGUAUUCCUAUGACAAAAAAUUAAGUCUUCAAAUUUUUAAAAGUUUUUUGUUUUUUUAAUUUUCCUUUGGAGGUAAAGUUUGCUCUACCAAAUAGUGAUUGUAACAAAUUGAUCUGUUUUGGAUGUUGCUAUAGUGACAUGCAGUUAUAUAUUUUGUUUUCACGGGUGGGGGGGAGCAAAAGAAACACCAGUGUUAGCUUAAUCUUAAUGUCUGGUGUUUGUCAUGGUGAAAUUACAACUAUUACAGUGUAGGAGAACAAUGACUAUGUUCUCUGAAUGAGCCUUUGUGCUUUUUGUCAUGUUAUGCAGUGAACUAUUUUUAAGGUCUAAUCAGUCGUUAUUUUUCCAACUCCGUGUUUCUCUAAGGAAUUAUUUCACACACGGACCAUUCUUAGCAGUUUUCCUCAGUGAUGGAAUAUCAUGGAUGUGAGUCAUUAUGUAGCUGUCGUACAUUGAGCAAAUAAACUUACAGAUCUGA